AUGGAGCCUCUCUUCUACAGGUCUGCGCAAGCUGUUACUGUGACUGUGCUUUCAUUUCUGUCCUUGAUCCUUUGCAUCCCGCCCAUCAUCUGGCAUCUCACGAAUCGAAACUUGGCAGCCUCAUUUCUAGUUGCCUUUGUCAUACUGAGUGAUCUGUUCAACUUCAUCAAUGCUCUUAUUUGGCCGACAGACAAUAUCAACUCUUGGUGGGACGGCUCUGUCCUCUGCGACGUCGAGGUCAAACUCUUCAUUGCCAUACAAGUUGGCAUGCCGGGAGCCUUGGUGUGUAUUUUCCGAAACCUUGCCUUGGUAAUGGACACCGAAAAUGCCGUGUUGAUUCCAAGUUGGGGCCAGCGUCUUCGCCGUAUUGCGAUUGACCUUCUCUUCUGCGCCGUCAUCCCGGUCAUCGCCAUGGUCACCCACUUUAUUGUCCAGGGAAAUCGUUACUACAUCUUUGGUAUCUCGGGGUGUAACAUAAGCUACGACGAAAGCUGGCUGACCAUUGCGUUGUCGGCCGCAUGGCCUCCGACUAUCUGCAUAAUUGCCGCCGGAUACUGCAUUCUCGUCGUGUAUCGCCUGAUAAAAUACACUUCCGAGUUUUCCAGCAUCCUCAGAGCAUCAGGCAGCAACUUGACCACGAAGCGAUUUGUUCGACUCUUUUCUCUCGCCUUGGUCAUGAUUUUGUUUGUUUUGCCCUUACAAAGUUAUGUUUUUUACACCAACGUCGCUCUUAUGCUACCGUUGCAACCGUAUUCGUGGACCAUAGCACACGGCCCGGAUUUCAACACGAUCAUCAAAGUCCCUUCCGGCGGCGUAGUGAAACCAGAUCGAUGGAUUCCCAUCGCGUUGAGUGUGCUUGUCUUUGGCUUUUUCGGUCUUGGUCAGGAUGCAAUGAGAAUGUAUCGCUCGUCCCUCAGCCGUAUUGGUCUGACACGCCUCAAUUCAUCGCUUUCUAGUCACAGUUCUUCAGAGACCGGAAAAUCAGGAUCUUCAUGGUACGACUCCUUGAUGUCCAAGAGUGGCAAUGGCAAGUGGUUGAAAAAAAAGCAAAGGCAUGUUUCCCCUUUAUAG